GGGACACCAUCACGACGCAUUGCUACCGGCAGAUGGUGCAAAAGGAUCGCAGCAUUUGGGAGAGGUUGAUGUGGUUCUUCAUUCUCGUCAUCGAGGCGGCCGUCCUGGCUGCCAUUCUCAACACGGCCUGGAUCGGCUUCACGUCCAGCCCGCUAAUCACAACGCUGCACGACACCCUCUACCCGGUCCAAAACGUUCCCUUUCCGGCCAUUUCGUUGUGCAACAAUAAUCGGAUUUCCCGCGCCGCUGCCGUCCGCUAUGCCGAGGUCCUCGCCCGAAAGGACCCGGACGGGCGUAACGUUAGCUACUUUCUGGAGCAGGUACGGUUGCUGGGGAAGCUGUACGACUUUGACUACGAAAAUUUGCACCAGAUGACGCAGUUUCAGGAGUUUCUGGACGUGCACGACAUCAGCAACGCUUCCGGGAUCUUUAGUGCGUUCGAAGCGCUAACGAAGCUUUCCCCCCGCUGUGAAGAUAUGCUGCUGCGGUGCUUCUGGAAGAGCAUCGAAUUGCCGUGUAUGACGAAAAACGAUAUGAUUGAGGUGAGACGAACCCACUACGGCUUCUGCUGCACGUUCAACUUUAUCGGACACACCGAAGAUAACGAGAUUCAUCCUCCGUCGUACUAUCUCGAUGUGACCGGACCGGAGAUGGGACUGGUGCUACUGGUGAACGGGUCGGCGAACGAUUAUUUCUACAAUCUGUUCAACAGCAUCGGAUUCAGUCUUCAGGUUUUCAACCCCACUGAGGUGCCGGACAUAACGUCUGGUGGAGUGCAAGAGCAGUUCAUCCAUUUGGGUACGGAAACCUUCAUUCGUGUGGACGCCAUUACCAUCAACAGUGAGCCCGAUGUCCGGAGAUACUCCAAAGAGACGCCGUGGCAAAAUCCCGCCAACCUGCGCCAGGUGAGUGGGCUCGACCUUUCGUCACGGGCCGUCUCAAGUGUCACGAAAUCUUCGAGUGAUUCGGCAAAAAGUCACGCUGGGGGACUCCAUCAGCAGAGGCGAGCCGGCGGUGGCCACCCGGGCCGGAAACGGUACAGCUUCAAGCGCGAGCUGUUCCAACUUUGGGACACCAUCACGACGCAUUGCUACCGGCAGAUGGUGCAAAAGGAUCGCAGCAUUUGGGAGAGGUUGAUGUGGUUCUUCAUUCUCGUCAUCGAGGCGGCCGUCCUGGCUGCCAUUCUCAACACGGCCUGGAUCGGCUUCACGUCCAGCCCGCUAAUCACAACGCUGCACGACAUCUACCCGGUCCAAAACGUUCCCUUUCCGGCCAUUUCGUUGUGCAACAAUAAUCGGAUCCGCGCCGCUGCCGUCCGCUAUGCCGAGGUCCUCGCCCGAAAGGACCCGGACGGGCGUAACGUUAGCUACUUUCUGGAGCAGGUACGGUUGCUGGGGAAGCUGUACGACUUUGACUACGAAAAUUUGCACCAGAUGACGCAGUUUCAGGAGUUUCUGGACGUGCACGACAUCAGCAACGCUUCCGGGAUCUUUAGUGCGUUCGAAGCGCUAACGAAGCUUUCCCCCCGCUGUGAAGAUAUGCUGCUGCGGUGCUUCUGGAAGAGCAUCGAAUUGCCGUGUAUGACGAAAAACGAUAUGAUUGAGGUGAGACGAACCCACUACGGCUUCUGCUGCACGUUCAACUUUAUCGGACACACCGAAGAUAACGAGAUUCAUCCUCCGUCGUACUAUCUCGAUGUGACCGGACCGGAGAUGGGACUGGUGCUACUGGUGAACGGGUCGGCGAACGAUUAUUUCUACAAUCUGUUCAACAGCAUCGGAUUCAGUCUUCAGGUUUUCAACCCCACUGAGGUGCCGGACAUAACGUCUGGUGGAGUGCAAGAGCAGUUCAUCCAUUUGGGUACGGAAACCUUCAUUCGUGUGGACGCCAUUACCAUCAACAGUGAGCCCGAUGUCCGGAGAUACUCCAAAGAGACGCGCCAGUGUGUGUUCCGCAACGAGCUGCUCAAAUACGGCGGUCGGUACGGCCGGAGCAACUGCGUGGCCGCCUGCCGCAUCCGGAGCGUGGUCGCGCUGUGCGAGUGUGUUCCGUUUUACAUGCCGACGGCGGCCGGUGUCGCCGGUGACCGGUCCCUAACGGUCUGCAAUCUGCAGCACAUCGUCUGUUUGAACAAGUACAAAAUCAAAUGGUCCACGGUAAUCACCAACAUCGUCGACAUCCCGGGCCUGGAGAAAGAAAUGGAAGAAUCGCUGUACUGUCCGGAGUGUUUACCUUCGUGCACCAACACCAAGUACCACAUUUCGACCUCGGAACUGCCGCUCAUCCCAACUCGCCGCACCGGAUUCAGCUUCACCCGGGGCAUCGAGGACGUUUCGGAGGUCGCCGUCGUGCGGAUCUUCUUCGGUCAGCCGGAAACGUGGAUGUACAAGCAGGAUGUGGCCUCGUAUUGGUUCGAGAUAUUCAGCAAUUUCGGCGGCAUGUGCGGCAUCAUGGCUGGCCUCUCGCUGAUAAGCAUUUCGGAAAAUGUUUACUUCGUGCUCAAACAGUUUGUGUUGGUCGUUCUGGCCCGGUUCGGGGGUGGACGGUGGUGGGAGAACCGGCGACGGGCACGCCACCAACGGGGGCUCGCCGUGACCAUGCUGGACUGAAGUCCCCCCCCCCCUUCCCCCUUAUCGGCGGGAUUUGGCAGAGGCGUUUAGGAUGACAAAGUUGAGAUUUUAUGGUUGUUUUGAUUCAGAUACCUUAGCAGAAUUUAUUGUUAGUUGUAAA